AUGAGUAACGGAACAGCCUCAGGGCUUCCUGGCAAGCCGAAUCUGCGUGUCACGAUCAUCGCCGCCGACGGUCUAUACAAGCGAGAUGUUUUCCGAUUCCCCGACCCCUUUGCCGUCGCAACCAUCAAUGGCGAACAGACGAAAACUACGACCGUUAGCAAGAGAAACUUGAACCCUUACUGGAAUGAGAGCUUCGAUUUCCGUGCCAACGAAGCAAGCAUCCUUGCCGUCCAGGUUUUCGAUCAAAAGAAAUUCAAGAAGAAGGACCAGGGUUUCCUUGGCGUUAUUAAUAUUCGCAUCGGAGAUGUCUUGCCUGAUCUAGGCCCUGACGCUGACGACCAAAUGAUCACGCGAGAUCUCAAGAAAUCGACCGACAACCUCAUCGUUCAUGGUAAACUAAUUAUCAACCUCUCAUGUAACCUUUCUACGCCUGCCCGUGGCGGCCAAACAUCCUCGAGUCGACCUGCUGCCGGCCCGUCUGGCUCAACACUCUCUGCCCCCAAUGGUGAGAACCGCCCCUCAUCUGCCAUGUCUGGCUCGAACGGAUCCGCACUGUCCGCCAUUCCAAGCACCGGCCCUCCCAAUGGCGCUCCUCCAAACCAACCCGUCAGCCCCAACGCAACAGGCUCCUCAAGACCAACCAGUCAGCUUAGUCCUUUCGAGGAUGCACAAGGCCGUCUGCCAGCAGGCUGGGAGCGCCGUGAGGACAAUCUCGGACGAACAUACUACGUUGACCACAACACUCGAUCUACCAGCUGGAACAGACCGACAGCAAGCGGUCUGUCGGAGUCUAGAAACGAGCGAGAGGCUACCACCCAAGUUGAACGUCACAGACAUCAAAACAGAACCCUACCAGAGGACCGCACAGGCUCCAGUUCACCCACUCAGCAAGCACCCCAGGCUCCUGCACCACCAAUUGGGGCUGCAGGUACCUCUGCUGCCGCUGGCAAUGUGGGAGCUGUUAUGCACACUGGUGCCACCAGCCCUGGUACUGGCGAGCUUCCUCCUGGUUGGGAACAGCGCUGGACUCCGGAAGGUCGCCCAUACUUUGUGGACCACAACACACGCACGACUACAUGGGUAGAUCCCAGACGUCAGCAGUACAUUCGCAUGUACGGUCAAAACAACGCCAAUGGCCAGAUCCAACAGCAGCCCGUUUCACAGCUCGGUCCUCUUCCUAGUGGUUGGGAGAUGCGUCUUACCAACACUGCCCGCGUCUACUUCGUUGACCAUAACACUAAGACCACUACAUGGGAUGAUCCUCGUCUGCCAUCGUCUCUUGACCAGAACGUUCCCCAGUACAAGCGUGAUUUCCGCAGAAAGCUCAUUUACUUCCGAUCCCAACCUGCGAUGCGCCCGCUCAAUGGUCAGUGCCAUAUCAAGGUCAGAAGAUCGCAUUUGUUUGAGGACUCCUUUGCCGAAAUCACUCGCCAGUCGCCAAUGGACCUGAAGAAGCGUCUUAUGAUCAAGUUUGAUGGCGAAGAUGGUCUGGAUUACGGUGGUGUUUCAAGAGAAUUCUUCUUCCUUCUUUCUCAUGAAAUGUUCAACCCCUUCUACUGUCUUUUCGAAUACUCAGCCCACGACAACUAUACCCUACAAAUCAACCCCCACUCUGGUAUCAACCCCGAGCAUCUCAACUACUUCAAGUUUAUUGGCCGAGUCGUUGGUCUUGCCAUCUUCCACCGUCGUUUCCUCGAUGCCUUCUUCAUUGGAGCUCUGUACAAGAUGGUAUUGGGCAAGGCUGUUGCGCUGGCUGACAUGGAGGGUGUCGACGCUGAUUUCCACCGUUCUCUCCAGUGGAUGCUUGACAACGACAUCUCUGGUGGUAUUCUUGAGCAGACCUUCUCUACCGAAGACGAACGCUUCGGCGUCAUGACCACAGAAGACCUUAUUCCUGGUGGUCGCGAUAUCGAAGUCACCAACGAGAACAAGAAGGAGUAUGUUGAUUUGAUGGUUAAGUGGCGUAUCGAGAAGCGCAUUGCGGAGCAGUUCCAAGCAUUUAAGGAGGGCUUCCAAGAGCUCAUUCCUCAGGACCUUAUCAAUGUGUUUGACGAGCGUGAGCUUGAGUUGCUCAUUGGUGGUAUUGCUGAGAUUGAUGUUGACGACUGGAAGAAGCACACCGACUACCGUGGAUACACAGAAUCCGAUGAAGUUGUCCAGAACUUCUGGAAGACUGUCCGAUCAUGGGACGGUGAGCAGAAGUCUCGUCUGCUACAGUUCACCACCGGUACUUCACGUAUUCCUGUCAACGGUUUCAAGGAUCUCCAGGGCAGUGACGGUCCUCGACGAUUCACCAUUGAAAAGGCCGGCGAGCUCAACAACUUGCCCAAGGCUCAUACAUGUUUCAACCGUAUCGACCUGCCUCCUUACAAGGAUCUUGAAACGCUUCAACAGAAGCUUACCAUUGCUGUUGAAGAGACUAUGGGUUUCGGUCAAGAGUAA